CAAACAACAUUCCACGAACCCUAACUUAGCCUAAUUCCCUAAACAAGUAUCAAAUCCAAUUAUUUUUUAUUUUGAUGGCUUCGACGAUUCCAACGAACCGGUUCUCCUCCGAUGACAUUUUGGACACGACGCCGUUUCUCUCAUCAACAAGCAGCGCCUCACAGGACGAGCCCUCCUCGCGCCGAACCGUUCGUCGCCAGAGUCUUCGUGAUGCGGCGCGGUUCCUGCACCGUGCCAGCAGCCGAAGGAUGAUGCGUGAGCCGUCCAUGCUGGUUCGAGAAACGGCCGCCGAGCAACUGGAGGAGCGCCAGAGCGAUUGGGCGUAUUCUAAGCCCGUCGUCGUCCUCGAUUUUAUCUGGAAUUUAGCGUUCGUGGUGGUGGCAUUUGGUGUAUUGGUUUGGAGCAGGGACGAGAGGCCUGAUAUCCCGCUGAGGUUGUGGAUAAUUGGGUAUGCUUUCCAAUGUUUCUUGCAUAUGGUUUGCGUUUGUGUGGAGUAUAAGCGGAGGAGGAGGCAGAGCGCGGAGUACAGCCCAUUUGAUGCAGGGGAGGAAGGGGUUUUGAGUCCUGGAUCUAGGGUGAUUUCAGACCAGUACGUGUCAUUAGCCCAAUUGGAAGAGGAUGGUGGCAGCAGUGUUGCAAAGCAUCUGGAAUCUGCAAAUACGAUGUUUUCAUUCAUCUGGUGGAUUAUUGGAUUCUACUGGGUAUCUAUAGGUGGCCAAGCAAUGGCUCGUAGCUCCCCUCAGCUUUAUUGGCUUUGUAUAAUAUUUCUCGGUUUUGAUGUGUUCUUUGUUGUUUUCUGCGUUGCUCUGGCAUGCAUUAUUGGCAUUGCUGUUUGCUGUUGUCUUCCAUGUAUUAUUGCAAUCUUAUAUGCUGUGGCAGAUCAGGAGGGAGCUUCCAAGGAAGACAUUGAUCAGUUACCAAAAUUCAAAUUUAAAAAAGUUGGCAAUGAUGAGAAAUCUGCUGCUGCUGUCCAAGGACCUGUUGGGGGAAUAAUGACUGAAUGUGGUACAGAUUCCCCGUUGGAACGUGUUCUUCCCAAAGAUGAUGCAGAAUGUUGCAUCUGCCUUUCUGCUUAUGAUGACGGAGUUGAGCUGAGGGAACUACCUUGUGGUCACCACUUCCACUGUGCCUGUGUAGAGAAGUGGUUGUACAUCAAUGCUACUUGCCCUCUCUGCAAGUAUAACAUUUUAAAGAGUACAAGCCACGAGGAAGUGUAGAAAAACAGGAAUAAAUGAUUCAUGGUUAUAUUCGUGACCACUUCAUAUGUUUUUAGCUCGAGAGCAUCAUAUAAUGAACAUCAUGUAUGCAGUUGAUACAGGUUAUUCCAUUGUUGUUUCUUGUAGUGGUAGUUGUAGAUGAUGUUGUCUAUCAUAAGGCUGGUGACAGUCAUGAUGUGCUUGUUUUGGCCCUGACCCGUGCAUAGUUGUCGUGUAUAUUAAUGUUUCCGGCGGGGGAUCGAGGCACUGAGACAAAGAACACAGUAGCUUUUUUUCCCGCUCUUGUUUUGUGUCGCAACUAGUCUUGUUUAAGGCUCAUUUUUACUUUUCCCUGUAUUUUGUAUUUUAUAUUUGUAAAGUAAUUUAGUUGAAAAAACCUUGUUGAACAAGAAGUGCAAGAGGUGUUAUUACGUGCUCUAUUUAGAAGAAUUUCAAGAAAUGAAGAUGAAUAAAAUAGUAUUCAUAGUUUUA